AUUGACAAAUUACAUAUUUCUGAAAUAUGACAUGUGGGUUGUCUAUAACCUCAAAAAUAAGUAAACAAAUAUCUAAUUCUAAUACGAUAUAAUAUUAUAACUCUGUCUACGAUUGGGAUAUACAGAAUAAUUUUUAAAAAAUAUUUAGACAAUUGAAAUGUCAGAAGAAACCAGUAAUAAUGAAGAAUAUGCGUAUUUGGAUCGAGGUGGAUUUUCAUCAGAGAAAUUUAAAAUAGAGCUACGCGGCCUUCCAAAGUUCUAUGGGAUAGCGGAGUUAAAGAAGUUAAUGAAUCAUAAACUAGGAUUAAGUGUGAGCAAGAUUAAAAGACCGAAAGUUGGUAAUCAUUGGCUGUAUGCUUGUUUUCAAAACGACGAGGAGCGCGAUAAAGCUAUUGCAGCAUUAAAUGGAUACCAGUGGAAAGGUAAAAGCUUGAUAGCUGAAGCAGCCAAACCUGCACCUGAUCCACUAGUUAAAAGAAAACAAGAAAGUACAGAAAAUGUAAAAAGGCAGAAAACAAGUGAUGACCAAGAAAACAAAAGUCAAGAGGAAAGAUUGAAAGAUGCAGUUACUCCAUACUGGAAUAUUCCAUAUGAUGAACAACUCAAACUAAAAGAAAAAGAAAUUAAGCAUAUACUUAUGAAGUUUGACAAUGAAGUAUGGAGGAUAGAUAAACAAAAGCGUAGCAAAAUAGAGGCAAAUAGAAAGAUAUAUAAUGGGUUAAGUUUUGAAUUGAGACCUAUACAGAAAUCACCAGUUACAGAAGGAUAUAGGAACAAAUGUGAGUUUACCGUUGGUAUGGAUGAAGAAACUAAGAAGCCAACAGUUGGUUUCAGAUUAGGAUGCUACUGGGCUGGAUCAGUGGCUGUUGCACCAGUAGAAUGCUUAAAUCACAUACCGGAGAAUAUGAAAAAGGCAGUUUUAGUAUUUCAAGACUUUGUAAGAAAAUCUGAUCUAGCACCCUACAGUCCUGUGGACUAUAAAGGUUAUUGGAAAUGUCUGACUGUCAGGCAAUCUACGCAGAAUAAUGACAUAAUGCUUAUCAUUGCUAUGGAUCCACAGACUUUAUCUAAUGAAGAAUUAGACAAAUUAAAACAAGAAAUAAUUGAGUAUUUUAAAUUGGAUGAAGCAACAGCGUGUGGAAUUAAAUCAGUAUAUAUACAUCUGAUAUCUAAAAGGAGAGUAGGAGAGGAGACACCCAAACCGAUUCAUUUGUUGGGUACAACACACAUUGUAGACACAAUUCUGGGGCGACAGUUUCGUAUAUCUCCAGAGGCAUUUUUCCAGGUAAAUACAGCGGGUGCAGAGAUUCUCUACCAGAGUGCUAUUGACAUGAGCCAAGUGAAUGAACAGUCCACACUCAUAGAUGUGUGUUGUGGAACGGGCACCAUUGGAUUGUGUUUCGCUAAGCAUUGCGGUGAAGUAUUGGGUCUAGAGCUGAUUGAGAAGGCCGUUGAAGACGCGAAAGCGAACGCACAAUUGAACAACAUUAAAAACUGUAACUUUUAUUCGGGUAAAGCUGAGUACACACUGCCGGCCGUAAUGGCACGAGCGGCCGCUGAUGAUAUUAUAGCCAUUGUUGAUCCACCGCGGGCUGGGUUGCACAUGAACGCAAUAACAACGCUGCGAAACAACAAGCGGGUCAAGCGACUCAUAUACAUAUCGUGCAGCCCGGCGUCGGUCACGAAGAACUUUGUUGACCUCACGCGGGCCUCCUCGAAGACGUUACACGGCGCACCUUUCUCGCCCGUGUGCGCUCUGCCCGUUGACAUGUUCCCGCAUACGAAACACGUGGAGCUGAUAGUACUGUUUGAAAGGGAACGGGAACCUACUACAAGUGAUGUAGAAAAGAGCGCAGAUAAAAUUGCCGAAGAUAAAACUGUGAAGGAAUCAAAGGAAGAGAAUGAUGAAAGUAAUGGAAAUAGUGAAGCCAACAUGAAUGCUUCACCUGUAAAUGAAGCUUCUUAACAAUAAAUUUUUUAUAUCAGUAA